GUGUUUAGCUCAGAGUGAACCCCCUGCUCCCUCCUCCCAUCUCAUCUCUCUACUGCCUCCUUCUCUCUCUCUCUCAUCCCGCCUGUGUUGCUCCGCAUCCAGACUAACAUCCUCUCACUCAUUCCCCACAUGUCGCCGCAGCUUUCACCGGAUUUUAUUACAUAAUAGAGUUCGUUAUCAACCCCAAAAACACACAGGGCCGUACCGCGUCUGACUGACAGCUGAACGGCGCUUUGACGGUGCUGUUGGUGUAAGACCUCCUCUCUGAACGCCUCCCCACCCUCGCACACAAUCUUGCCAUGCAGGAGGUGUAACCCUCCUUCCUCUUCUUCCUUGCGCUCCAUCGGAGGAGACCUAAAACAGAAAAAAAGAAGAACCCCAACCUGUAACCAGUCAAGAUGUCAGACCCUGAUGCCUCCUCGCCGGCAGCCCACUCGCUGCCGCUCACCUCCCCCCGGAACCCUCUGCAGCUCUCCUUCCCCUUCCUGAGGGAGGGCAGUCGGGUCUGGGAGAGGGAGAGGAAGCCGCCGCAGCCUGGAGAGCUGCCCAGCCCACUGCCCACCAAACGCACCCGCACAUACUCAGCGACAGUGCGAGCCAAAUCAGGUCCAGUAUAUAAAGGGGUGUGUAAAAACUUCUCCAGGUCUCAGGGUCAUGGAUUCAUACACCCCUCUCAAGGAGGAGAGGACAUCUUCGUCCACAUCUCCGACAUUGAUGGAGAGUACGUGCCUAUGGAAGGGGACGAGGUCACGUACAAGGUGUGCCCCAUCCCUCCCAAGAACCAGAAGAUCCAGGCUGUCGACGUGGUGCUCACCCACCUGAAUCCAGUGAGCAAGCACGAGACCUGGUCAGGUCAGAUUAUCAGCUCCUAGACCAGCGCUCCAGGCUGCAAGGCUGCAAAGGAAAAAAGGGGAUUUAGUUUUUAUGUUUUUGGGGUGUGAGGUUUGGGAACAGGUGUGGGGAAGAGGGAUUGGAGCUCGUCGUGCCGCGGCCUGAGGUGGCUUGGUUAUGGAAGGGUGUUGGAGAAACGUUUUAGUUUGAGGUUAGGGCUGGCAAUUAUGCUUUGAAUGUAUAUGUUUGAAUGUUUUCCUUUAACGGUCAUCAUUUGGGUUUGGAUGUUUAAAUUUAGGGUUUGAAGGUUAGGGUUCAGGGCUUGGUGAUAGAAUUUUUACUUUGACCCAUAAGGGAUAUACUUUAGUUGGGAAAUCAGUGGUUGUUAGGGAAGCGAUGUCUUGAAUCGGAAUGCUAAAAAGAGGCCGAAUCACAUUUUGAGCAAAUUUGACCCAGUUGAGCUAUAUUGACGCUCCACUUGCACACUAUAGACAAGAGAGUUUAAAGGGGACAUGUUAUGAAAAAGUCACUUUUGACAUUCGGGUAUCUGGAGUGCCUACCAUCCCGCAAACUGAAUUAAGACAACCCAGUCAAUUUUUUGUGUGUCCAUAUUUUUCUCGCAAGCCAAUCAGAGCAGAUUGGGCUUUUUCUGGAGGGGGUCUUAAAGAGACAGGCGCUAAAAC